UCACAACCAAAAAUCAAAAAUCAAAACCACACCUCUCUACUACCUUUCUUCACCAUUUACCAAUCAUGAAAUCUGCAGAUGGCUGCCUCCCCCACACUCUUUCUCUCCCGUUGCUUCUCAUUUUUGCUCUUCUUCUUCUCAACUCCUCUGGAACCUCCGUUCUACAACCUCAAGCAAUCGGCUCUGUUCCAGAUGCGGCGACGACGACGACGACAAGCGAAACCCAACCAAUGAUGGUGCCAUUGAUGGAGGAGAGAUUGGUGAUGGUGAACGAGAGCAGAAGGAAGCUAGGGAGUUUUCAGAUAUGCGCACUAUGCACUUGCUGCGGUGGAGCGAAAGGGCUUUGUUUAGCAUCUCCCUGUUGCUACGCCAUCAACUGCAACAUUCCAAACAGACCUUUUGGCUUCUGUUCCUUCACGCCCAAGACAUGUAAUUGCUUCGGAUGCCAUAUCUGAUCCCUAAUCUCUCUCUCUCUCUCUCUCUCUCUCUCUCUCUCCAUUGAUUAUAGAUUUCGCUUGUUUAAUUUUGGGGAAAUCUUGAUUCUGUUGGGAAGAAAGAAUAUUUGUUCUUCAAAUUAUUUUUUGUUUAUAGUUUAUUAUUACUAUUAUUAUUAUUAUUAUUAUAAUAUCAAAGGUUGGAAUUUCCAGGUAA